AUGGAGAGUACGCUUUUUAGCUGCAUAGUGCCGGUUCGCAAUGGGAUGCCGUUUCUCGAUGUGUGCCUCGAAUCGCUUCUCUCGCAGGAUUUUCCAUCGACUUCGUAUGAAGUGAGCCUAUACGAUGACGGAAGCACUGAUGACACGCCAGAAAGGAUUUGUUUUUGGGAGAAACGCUUCAAUGAGAAGAAGAUUCGCUUUGUCUCGGGUAGCGGCGCAAAAUCAGGAGGUGUUGGAUUCGCAAAGAACGCAGCCGUUCGACAAACAUCCGGACGAUUUCUUUGCUUUUGCGAUGCGGACGAUGUUUCAAAUCGACAAAGACUGCAACGAUUGCACGAGAAAAUAGAGAAGAAUGAUAAUAAGACAGCCGACCGACUAUUCCUGGGAUCAUGCUUUACGAGAAUGCCUGCCGAUUCUACAAGUCGUUUUGCUCGAUGGGCAAAUUCUCUCAAAAACGAGGAUCUAUCAGUGCAGAUUUACACAUCUCAUGGCUCAACGUUGAUAGCUCCGACGUGGUGUGUUUCUCGAGCGAUUUUCGAUAGAAUUGGUGGCUUCAAUGACGAACACGCGAAAGGAUUUCCCGAGGAUUUGGAUUUCUUUUAUCGAGCUUUGGAUUUCGGAGUGAAACUUGUAAAGAUUGAUGAGCCUCUCGUUGAAUAUCGAUAUCAUCCAGAUUGUGCAACUUUUUGGCGAAAACAAGGGAAACGAUUUUUCAAAUCAUUGUCAACAAAAAACAAAAGCAAAGUAGCCGCCUUUUACGAUGUCGACGAGAGAAAAGUUCAACACGGCAAAUACGAGGAAUACGAUGAGAUCAAUCGGAGAGUGGUAGCAACGAUUCCGGUGAUGCAUAUCAAAGAAGCCACCCCUCCGAUCAUCAUUUGUGUGAAAUUGGACUUAACGGGCGGCGAUUUGGAGAAUUUUAUCGCUGAAAAGCAUUGGAUUGAAGGAGUUGACUAUGUGCAUUUUAGU